GGCCAGUAUAUAACUGUGGCCCGGUCACUGGGGCACCACAUUACACUGCAGUAGGUUACCUGUACGGAGCACAACCAUGUUUACACAACAGCUGGUACUUGCGCUCUUCGCUCUCGUAGCGGUCUCUGCCUACGACUUCGAGGACUCUAGGUUCAAUGAACUGCUAGCCGACCGAUUAGAAGACUGGGACUUCUCAGCCAGGGUACGCAGGGAAGUCUCCCCAGACGAUGAUGAUUCAGACAAGUUCCUCAAGUGCAAACACCACCAUGGCAAGACUUGUUGUGGAAAAGGACGCUGGCUCAAACAUUUCGGGGACAAGGACAAACAGGCUAUCUCGGACUGCUUCAAUGAUUUUGUCAGCAAACUGAAUGCUUCCGGUAUAUCAACUGGAGGUGAUCCAUUUUCCUGUGCAAGAGUCAAUCAGAUGAAAAUGAAAGUUAUUUGCACAACUGAGUGUGUGGCAAAGAAAGCAGAUUUGGUUGACGAAGAUGGUGCUUUGAAGCUGGAUAAGGCACUCAGCUACAUGGACAAGCUGGAGCUGGAAGACUGGCAGAAACCCAUUUUGGAGGAAGCGAUAAAGAAAUGUGCACCAACAGCCAACAAUACCCUGGUAUCCACACCCAAUACUGGAGACAUCAAAUGCAACCCGGUUUUACUGAGCCUACAGCAUUGUCUCUUCCAAGAGGUAGAAAAGAAUUGUCCUGAGGAUCAGAAAAAGACAGAUGGAAAAUGCAAGAAGUUGUUCGAGAAAAUAAAGGCUAAUAAUAGUUCAUAGUAAAGUUUUGGUACAAAUUAUUUAUUUUAUUAUAAUUGAUUGCUUUCCUCUUGCCUUACUUUGAUGUGAUAAAAUGUUAAAAAUAAACACUGUUAUUUAA